UGUGAGCAGCCGGCCAGACCCCAGGCUAACAGCAGCGACUCAUUUCUUUAAUCCUCCCUUGAAUCAACCGGGUGCUGAUAUGUAACAAAUGGACCAUGGAUUGUGGACGCGGUGCCAAAUCCUGCUGCUGGUUCUGCGCGUUUACUCCACGAGUCCAACGCUCCCUGAGGAAAAGGCGUCCUGCGAUGGAGCGUUUGAUAUUUAUUUUGUUUUGGACAGGUCAGGUAGUGUUUCUAAACACUGGAACGAGAUCUAUGGCUUUGUGGAGCAACUCACCAGCAGGUUUGUCAGCCCCAGGAUGAGGGUCUCCUACAUCGUCUUUUCGUCCAAUGCAUAUGUAAUACUCCCUCUGACAGGAGAGAGGUCUAAAAUAGAGGAGGGUCUAAACGAGCUGAAGCAAAUCAAACCUUCUGGUGAAACAUACAUGCACGAAGGCUUGAAGGCGGUGUCGGAACAGAUGAAGACCCAAACUUCACUGUCAUCCAGUAUCAUCAUUGUUCUGACUGAUGGCAAGCUGGAUAUCUACCUGUAUGAAAUGAGUGUGAAGGAGGCUGACAAAGCCAGAGGAUUUGGAGCCAGAGUGUACUGUGUCGGGGUCAUGGGCUUUGAUCACAAACAGCUUGCAGAGAUAGCUGACGGCACAGAACAAGUGUUUCCGGUUCUUUCUGGAUUUCAUGCCCUCAAAGACAUUGUCAACACGGUCCUGAAACAGUCGUGCAGUGACGUGUUCACAAUAGAGCCGUCCAGCGUCUGUGUGAACGAGUCUUUCAACGUAGUUUUAAAGGGGACCGGAUUCAGCGGAACCAAGAGGAUCGACAACCUUCUCUGCUCUCUCACUGCCAAUCACGUGACUUACCAUGAGAAGCCGACGGUUGUCCAAGGCGGAUAUCUGCUGUGUCCAGCUCCUCGUCUGCACGAGGUUGGACAAUCAGUUGAAGUGCUGAUUAGCCUGAACAAUGGACAGUCGUACAUCUCCGCUCCCAUCGCCAUAUACGCCACCUCAUGCUCAGACGGGAUCUGGGUGCUGUGGUUGCUGCUGGCUUUGUUACUGUUACUGGCUCUUGGUUUAUUCUGGUGGUUCUGGCCUCUCUGCUGCACUGUGGUCAUCAGGGACCCUCCUCCCUCUCGUCCUCCUCCACCGCCUCCUGUUUUUGAACCAGAAGAGGAUCCUCUGCCCAAACACAAGUGGCCUACAGUAGAUGCUUCGUACUAUGGAGGCAGAGGUCCUGGAGGAAUCAGACGCAUGGAGGUGAGAUGGGGAGAGAAGGGAUCCACAGAGGAAGGGUCGCGUUUGGAAAAAGCCAAAAACGCUACAGUCACUAUGCCAGAGGAAGUGGAGGAACCCAUCAUUCCUCGGCCCCCGCCAAGACCUCCACCUGUUUACAGCUCCCCGACCCAAACCAAAUGGUACACUCCCAUCAAGGGGCGUAUUGAUGCACUGAUGGCAUUACUGAGAAGGCAGUAUGACAGAGUGGCAGUCAUGAGGCCAACACCUCAGGACAAGGGUCGCUGCAUCAACUUCACCAGAGUUCGUUCUCGCUGAGGUGGAUCAACCUUCACUCUCGUCUAGUUUUUUUUUUCUUUUGAUAUUUUUGCCAAAGAUCACCAACACCUACUUCCAGAAGUUAAUGUCUAAAUUUCUGUGCAUUGUAAAUAAACGUCUUGAUAGUUAAAUGGA